GAGCCCGGUUCCGGUGGCGGUUCCGGUUCCGGUCCCGGCCCGGUGGCGGUGUCCGCCCGCCAUGCCAUGUCCGCGCUCAACUGGAAACCCUUCGUGUAUGGCGGGCUCGCCUCCAUCGUGGCCGAGUUCGGCACGUUCCCCGUGGACCUCACCAAGACGCGGCUGCAGGUGCAGGGGCAGAGCAGCGACGCGCGGUUCCGCGAGGUCCGGUACCGGGGCAUGUUCCACGCGCUCUUCCGCAUCUGCCGCGAGGAGGGCGGACGGGCCCUGUACUCGGGGAUCGCCCCGGCGCUGCUGAGACAGGCGUCCUACGGCACCAUCAAGAUCGGCAUCUACCAGAGCCUGAAGCGGCUCUUCGUGGAUCGCAUGGAAGAUGAAACGUUGCUCCUCAAUGUGAUCUGUGGGGUGGUCUCGGGGGUCAUCUCCUCUGCGCUGGCCAAUCCCACAGACGUGCUGAAGAUCCGAAUGCAGGCUCAGGGCAGCUUGUUCCAGGGGGGGAUGAUCGGCAGCUUCAUUGACAUCUACCAGCAGGAAGGUACCCGCGGCCUCUGGAGGGGAGUUGUCCCCACGGCCCAGCGAGCGGCCAUCGUGGUGGGAGUGGAGCUGCCGGUCUACGACAUCACCAAGAAACAUCUGAUCCUGUCAGGCCUGAUGGGGGACACCAUCUUUGCCCACUUCGUUUCCAGCUUCACGUGUGGGCUGGCGGGGGCCAUCGCCUCCAACCCCGUGGACGUGGUGCGGACGCGGAUGAUGAACCAGCGCGCCAUCGUGGGCAGCACCGAGCUCUACAAGGGCACCCUGGACGGCCUCGUCAAGACGUGGAAGAGCGAGGGCUUCUUUGCACUCUACAAAGGCUUCUGGCCCAACUGGCUGCGUCUGGGUCCCUGGAACAUCAUUUUUUUUAUCACAUACGAGCAGUUGAAGCGCCUCCCCUUCUGAGAGCUGCCUUCAUCUCACCAGAGUCAUCCUCGGGGCUGGCAGCAGAGCUGUGCUGCCGCCUCCCCCUCCAUCCCCUGUCCCCAUGUCGUGGUGUUUGGUCCCUGUGGGCUGGGCUGUCCCCACAUGCGAGGUCCCUGGAGCAGCCGGGAGCUGCGCGAUUCCCUCCGGAGGUGUCUGCGAGCCUGGGCUGCAGGAAUAUCUUCUGUGAAGAUCUGUGCAUUGCAGUGGCCUUUGGGGCACUGUGGCUGGCAGGUGUGGGUGUCCUCCCGUGCCCCUGGGGCGAGGCUGGGGCCCAGGAAGGUGCCAUUAUCAUGUUUCUUGCAGAACUUGUGACUUCAUUAAAUUAUUUAUUGACUGGA